CGCAAGCGAUGACCGCAGUCAACAUGCAGAUGAUGCCCAAUAUCCCUCUUGACUUUCUCCCAGUCCAUUCUCAGCACUCACGCUCAAACUCGGUCUCUUCGUCCUCAACACACUCGAGCCAUUCUCGCCCUCAGUCGUCCCAUGGCCAGGUCCCUCGCAUGCACCAAACAGUGGCUCCUAGCCCAGACGACAUUUACCGCGCCACGUAUCCCCUAGGCGGCCACUCGUCCAUCCAUGAUCCACCUCCUAAUCACAAUAUCACAAACCCAGCUCUCAAGGGCCCCCUCAGAUCUAGCCACUACCGCGCCAGAGUAGCCGCGUCCCCUUAUCCGCGCGACACAGACAGCGUCCACUCUUCAAGCAGCGAGGCUGAAGACAUGUCCCUCUUUCUCCACGCACCAAACUCGGACUAUUCAUCGAUGUAUCCAGGCCAGCACAUCCAGCCCACGCCUGAGGCAAUUCAUGCGACAGGCGCCUUUGGUCGCAUGAACCUCAACAGCGCAGACCACAACCUCGAAAAACUAGCUGCCAACGUUCGCGCCGCCACCACCACCAGCGCCUCAGAUCGUGCCAAGCAAAUUUUCGUGCAAGCCUGGUUGACUGCCAAUUAUGCCACUUAUCCGGACGGGAAUGUUCCACGCCAGGGCCUCUACUUCUCCUAUCGCAGGGUUUGUGAUCAAUAUGGAAUUCCGCACAUAAACACCGCCACACUCGGGAAAGCUAUUCGCCUCUGCUUCCCCACCAUUAAGACUCGUCGGUUAGGUGUUCGAGGUAACAGCAAAUAUCACUAUUGUGGCAUUCGACCCGCUACCGCGGCAGAGGCUGAAUGGCUGCACGAUUACGUCCAGAAGGCCAAUGCCCAAGCUAACGCCGCCCGCAACAAGAACGAUCAAAAUGAGAGUGCAGACAAGAACGAAGGGCGCUCCGACGACGACGACGAUGAGGACUCGGAGCCCGGUUCUGCUACGGGAUCCAAGCGCAACUCGCUAAUUUUGCCGGGCGAAAUCAAGAACACCUCUUUUGGCGACGAUUUAAGCGACAAGACACCGACUGCUGCCAACCUGCUCGCUCAACAAGCCGCGCAACGUCCACCUGGUGCUUUCCAAGAGGCUUCCAUUCGUAGGCACCCACAGUCGGAACCAGGCCUCAGCCUCUCCGCUCCAUCGACAUCCACCAGCGCCACAUACCUCGCUCCCCAGCAACCCACAUCCGUUCGUCAGUUGCCACAUUUCCCGAGCAUCGAGGAGGCCCUCGGUUCAAACUCUAAUUCGCCGCACAACGUUGCCGCCCGCGAUAUCUGGAAUUGGUUCCAAGAUCAUCUCGACGCCCUUCUUGAAAGCAUUCGAACCUUCCGAUUUGAUCAAUUUGAGAUGAACAUUCGCAGUUUUUGGUCGACUUUAACUGGUCAGCAUCGGGAGAUCGCCCACGCGCCAGCCAUCGCAGGUCUCAUGGCAAAGGCAGAUGCCAUCGUGUACGAUGAAAUUCUUGAAUUCCUUAGACUUCAGAUGUUGUCCCCUAUCUCGACUUCUUCUUUGACCAGCCUCCGGCAGCUUGCCAUCAAAAUGGAGAAGAUUCUGCUUGUUGCCCUAGAGGGCUAUGGUAACACCUUUGUUGAACCCAAAGUCGAGCUCGGGGCUCGAUUUGGACAUCUUGUCUUGCGCUUCCUCGACAUAUAUCAAGUGACCCAAGCUCUCAACACCGUCCUUACCAACCAAAAGCAGCUCGCAGAAAUGCGACGAUCUUGGACCAAAGUCGACUUUGAAUCUGUUCGCAACCAAUCAGCACUUGUGUGUAACUGCCGUCACGAAGAUCUCGUUCAACUUCUAGAAGUCGAGUUCACUGCCCUUCUGGAGACGGUCGCUAAAAGUAACGAACCCGUACGCGAGGUUAUGGCGUGGGCCGACAAGUGCUGCGAAAGGUUAAUGGGUGGUGUGAGAGCUGCUCAGGUCGUACAGGAGGAGAGGGGUGUGAUGAGUUCGAGGAGUGUCUUGAUUCGAUGGGGCUAUGUGACAAGUCAAGUAAUGAGGGACUUGACCAUUCGAAGUGACCCAGCUUUCGGUGCCUUCCAAAUUUUGAAAUUAUUCCUCGAUGAUUGGAUUGCGGUCAAUGUUCUUCGCAAUGUUGCACUAUCGACAAACUCGGUGGCAGCAUCCGUCGAACCUAUGAUGCAGCAACAAUACUUUUCCCUCUCGCCCAUGCCAGGUCAAGAAAGCUUUGGGUCUCUCGAUGUUCGAAACUCGCACAUGAUGAAUCAAGCACCGACCACCACAAACAUGUUGGCUGUGCUUCAACAAGAUACCUUCGCAGUUGGCGCCCUGGAUUCUACAGGCUCUUUCGGCAACGACGCCUAUGGCUCGAUGUCGUAUAUGGAUACCACCGCGUCUCAGGAAGACGCCCUUGCUUCAGGUCAUCAGGCUGGCCUUUCAUUCACUGAUUUCAACUCUUCGAACCCUUUCGAUUCCACAGGUUUCACACCUUCGGAACUAUCAGGGCUAAACGUGGCUGGUACGCCUUCAAAUGAUUCUGAGCAAGAGGCUGUCGAUCCCAAGCCGGAACAUCCUACCGCUUAAUUAAUUUGACCUCUUUGUGACUUUUUUUGUACCGCGUUCUCUUUCUCGAAUUUCUAAUUGUGCCAGUCCCACCGAACUUUCUUGCUGCUUUCUCGUAUGGUUUCCCUUCGUUUUUUUUUUUUAUAACUUUACCGUCUACCAGCUGUAUCAAUUGCUUGUUCCCUGCUCUCUCCUUAAUAGUGUAAAGAAUCUAGCUUUGGGCUGUUCGCGACUUGGUAUCCUUAUCUAUUUACUUGCUGCCCCCUUUUGUUACCCUUUCUCCGUUGUUUCAGUCCUUUAUUUAACCCUUAGCUGAAAUACCAUCCCCAUUACC